AUGGAUUUCAAGUUAUUACUGCUAUUUGUGGUAAUGCUGAGUACAAUCCACCAAGGUCCUGCUGCUUAUCGGGACCUCACGUGCGUGGAGCCUGAGCCCGGAUAUGUGAAAAGGUUUUAUCAUUACGUCACUGCCAACGAAAUCAAGAAAGAAUGUCCAACGCCAGCCGAUUUGAUCUUGCGAAUUGGACACGAGAUGUUCUACACCCUUGUGUGUGUACUUCUGACCCUAUUAUUGGGAAAUGCGCCGUCGCUUGGAAACAGAAUCAGAGAGGCCGUGUCGGCGAUAUUUUUAAAGUUCAAGGAAUGGAGAACUCGUCCUUCACGCUGUCCACACUGUGGAACUGUCCCAUGUCAAAUCAAACGGAAAUCCUUGUGGAAACCUUCCGGAUCUAGGAAGAAGGACAAAGCCAAUUUCGCCGAGCGAGCAAAAGCAAUGAAAUUGUUCAACUAUGGACUCGAGUUAUCCGUGGUUCUUACCAAAGAGCUUCCCCGAGAUAGCCUCUACUGGGAAAGGAAAUUCUGCCACCAGUUUGAAGAGAAGCACAUGGUGCUGUUUCCUCUUUGUAUCCAGCGUCAGAUCAACUAUUGGUACCCAUUGCCUCGCUAG